GUCAAAUUGAAACAUUCACUAUUUAUCUUUCGAUUGUUUCGGGCUAAAAGUGCGAAGCACCAGAAUUCCAAGAUAUCGCAUUGAUUUGCUAAUUCCAUUGCAGCGAGCAAGACCGCAGAUUUAUCCCAUAGUUAUCCACUUUUACUUGCUGACCGACAUUUUCAAUUAACUUGCCACAACUGCAUAAUGUUGCUACCGAUAAUUGACUUCGUUUGGCUGAAGUUCAUCAGAGGAUUUGCCGUGGUAAUGCAAAUGGCCGAGGAUUCGAGGCUCAUCAUGAUGCUGGUCAGCUGCACAAUGGCCGUGGCCUUUAUCCUCAAUGUUAAUUCGGGAAGAGCUAUCUUUCGGGAUGUGGUCAAUACAGUGGCCAACAGGAGGAUUAAAUCCAGGCUGGACCGACAGCCAUCGCCAAUUGAUAUACCAAGGAACACAGUGAUCAGAAGGCAACUAAGGCUGCCCUUGAAGUGGACGCACUACGAGGAUCUUCCGAUGGCGACUGUGCUGGAAAACAACGGACGCACUGUGAUCAUGCGGAUAUACACGACGAUCAACUUUAUGCCUCAGCUCAGUGGAGCCGAGUUGCUGGGCAGAUACCACUUUGUGGAGGCGAUCUUCAAGUGGGGCAGCCUGAAAUCCGAGCACUCAAUUGGCCAGCAGCAAUUUUGCCUGGAGAUGCAGGCCCUUCAUCGAUGCAACCAGCUAAGGGGCAACUUGGAAUACCUCACCUUGUCCUAUCUAUUUGCGCUCAGUUCCGUGAAGAACGAGCCACUCAAGCAGAUCUGCGACCAGCUCAGGUGGAUCCUGCGGCCAGGAUCAUCGAUUGAGCUGCCACCCUUUCAUUUGGAAUCGCUACUUCAGCCAUUCGGAGCUGGUCACUACUCCUACCACGGCACCUACGACAAUGGCGACGUCGUGCUGCCCACCACCUGGCUGAUCAACCCGACCAUCUCCACGGUCAGCUCGCGUCAGUUGGCCCAGUUUGAGGGGAUGUACGGCAAGGAUGGCAGCAGGAACUGCAGCAAUGGUCGGCAGGAACAGCCCUUGGGCAGUCGUAAUGUGUACCUUAAUCUCUAAUGUAUCCUUAAUAAAUAAAGCACCACCAUCACUACUACAA